ACGUUCUCACGUCACAGAACAACGCGAAAAUGUUGUCUUCCGAUUUUGAUAUUGAUUUCUCAUUUGAAAGGACGACUUUUAGUGAAUCUUCACCAGAGAUUAAGCCUUGUCACGGUUUUGGUGUGUGCAAAGACGUCAAGAACAACCUACUCUAUCAGGACGAGGAGACGGUGAUCUUCCCAAGUGGAAAGUGGUGUGUGAGCUACAACGUCCCCAGGAGACACACCAAGUUCAUCCACAUUGCAGAUGGAAGCAUACAGGCCCUAGCUUUAUGUCCCGAUCGGCGCUACCUUGCAGUGUCAGAGAGCAACACCAUCACCGUCUUUGACCUAAAGGACGAGAAGUACGCUAAGAUACAGACUCUGAUGGGCAGCGACUACGGCGUGGAGGAAUUUGUCUGCAUGGCGUUUUCUGCUGAUUCGAAGUACCUGCUAGGCCAAGCUAGAGGACCCACAUGGAGCCUCUUCUAUUGGCAGUGGGAGGAAAAGGAUCUCAUAGCAAGAGUGGGGGCCAUAAAGAAAGGCCUUAUCAGACAGGUCAGCUUUAACCCUGAGGAUGACAAACAGGUCUGCGUGAGCGGAAAGGGAGUCUUUAAAAUCUUCGAAUUGAAUGAGGACUCCCUGAAACAUCAGCACUCGUUUAAGAUGAAGAACGAGGAUGUCCUGUGCCACACGUGGAUGUCUGGGGGCUCCAUUGUCGCAGGAACGGAGGCAGGAGAACUUCUAUUGUUGAAGUCAAAAUGCCUAAACAGGCUGGAGAAACCAUUUGAGAGUAACACAGAUAAGUUGGACUCAUCUCCCUCUCAGUCCCCACUGACAUAUGUCACUGCCAUUGUGCGCUAUUCAAAGGGCUUCGCCUGUUCGGCUGGGCAGGGGUUAGUUUGUCUCUUUGAAGAGACCGAGCAGGACAACUACAGGAAGUACGGGACAAUAAGAAUUCCUGUGCACCCACACAGCAGUCAGCCGCUUCAGGCGAUCACCACGAUGUGUAUAAGUCCAUCAGAGGAGACGCUGGCCGUCAGCACAGACCAAGGCCAGCUCUAUCACAUCAGACUCCGAUUAGUUAAGAUUAGCAAGAAUAAGAAGGCCGAGUUCAAAUACCUGUCUCACUGUCUUCACUCGGGGAGCAUCACAGGUAUGUCUGUCUGUGCGACGAAACCGCUCAUCGCUACCUGCUCCAAGGACUGCACCGUGCACAUCUGGAACUACAGCACCAAGAAUCUGGUGCAGUUUAAGGAGUUCGACGAAGAGCCGCUCUGCGUCUCGAUACACCCGAACAGCCUUUCCAUCCUGGUGGGUUUCUCCACUGAAAUCUGCCUCAUGAACCUAAUGAAGGUGAACAUGCGUACUGUCCGGACGUACCCCAUAGAUAACUGCACUGAGUGUGUGUUCAACCACGACGGCAACAUGUUCGCCUCCAUCAAUAGAAAAAUUAUGUGCAUCGUCAACGUCAGAACACGUGAAAUACUGCAGCUGAGAGGCCACUGUAAACCGGUGCAGUCUGUGAAGUGGAACGAUGACGACACUCUUCUGGUGUCUUGCGGGCCGGACGGCAUGGUGUACGUUUGGGACGCUCUGACCGGCCUCUACACAAGCCGCAACGAUACGGAUCAGUGCUACGUAGACGUGACGUUCUCACCUAACAACACGAGCAUCGUCGCUGUAGCCCACAACCUUAUUCAUGAGAUCAGUCACGAAAGGGUCCUGUGUGAAAUGGCCUCAGAUGGCGCGGCCUAUACAGCCAUCUCCGUGACACAUUUGGGCAGAACUGUCUUCGUCGGCACCGCCGCUGGUACCGUCAGGGUCCUUGAUUACCCUUUUGAAAUAGAGAUGAAAUGGAAAGAACAUCAGGCCCAUUCUGGUCCCAUCACCAAAAUGGCUGUCACACCCGGUGAUCAGUACCUGCUGACCGCCUCAAAGGACGGCUCCCUUUUCAUAUGGUCGAUCAUUGACGAGAAUGGACGGGCGCUUGAGAUGGUCACUGACGUAGACUACACUGAGGAGGUCCUCUGUACGAAGGAAUUUCUGAAGAAAAAGGACAACACGAUAAGUGAGCUGAAGUUGCAGAUUAAGUUCCUGGAGUUUGGGAAGAAGUUCAAAAUCAAAGUGAAGGACAUUAACUGCAAUGAGAGGAUUCAGAACUGCAUUCAGGAUGGCCUCCAGCAGGUAGAGGCUCUGAAAGAGCAAAUCCGGGUUCUGAAUGCCGAGAGGGAAGAUCAGACGGCCUCUUAUGAGAAUCUGUUUAUCAAGCUGAAGGAGCAACUAGCCAUAGAGCUGAAGGAUCAUAAUAAGAACCUCUGCAAGAUGUUGCUAACGAAGUUCAAGAAGCAUGAAGACAUGAAGCAGAAAUUACAGCUGGUGCAGGAGACGUUUGAGACGGAGAUGGAGGAAGCUGAGAAGAGUCACCUUCGUGCCAUGAAGGAGAGUAAACAGGACUACGAAGCCAAGCUGCAGGAGCUACAGGCCAUGUUGGAGCAUGAAGUAAAGGACUCUGAGGAGAAGCUGAGAGAGCUUAAGGGCCUUACCGAACGUGAGAUCAUGGAUCUCUACUACGACUACGAGCAAGAGCUGGAGGUGGAGAAGGAGAUCAGGCAGAGGCUCCAAUAUUAUAAGAAAGAAAUGGCGUCAAAGAUUUUGACAUGCUCGUCUAUGAAAAGGGUGAUACAAGAUCAGAGCUGUAAUAUCUCUAAGCUGGAGGAGCAGAUGCAGAUCCUCAGCGGACGAAUACAGGCUAUGACAGAAAACAUCCUGGAUGUGACAAAGGAGAAAGAGGAGCAAAGCCACACCAUUGCUGGCAAGGAAAGCUCCAUCGGACAGCUCAACAAAAUCAUUGAAAACUUGGAGAAGAGCUUAGAAGAGAAGAAGGAGGAAUUGGACAGGGUGAUCUUCCAGGCCAGAACUGCUGAAGAAGAAAGUAAGCAGAGGAGCGAACAAGAAAGGGCUGAAUAUAUUCGUCUCGUAAAAGAAAUGGAGGAGAAUAAGGAGACGUUCAAAAAGAUUUCUUUUCAGAUUAAGCAAAAGAAGGUGAAGAACCAGGACAUCAUUGCUGAACUGAAGCGCCAACUGGAAUCAAAGAACAAAGCCUUGAAGACACACAGGCAGACGGUCAUAGAUGGAAAUUUCCUCUUGAACAGGAUGAAGAGCGACAUCCACAGCUGCUCUAGCUUUAUCCAGGAUCCCAAGAAACUGCGGAAGAAUUUCACUAAGAUUUACAAGCAGUAUAUAAAAAAGAGCUGGGUGAAGAUCGGACUAGAUCCUGAGGUCGUGCAAAAACAAACCAGGCAAACUGAGAGGCUGAGCAAGAUGUUGGACGCCCAGGCUGCAAGGCAAGCAAAGGAGAUCAAGAUUGAGAAAACCAGGAACUGCAAGAUCGUGAUAGAGACUAGCUAUGUGAUUCAGGAGCUUAAGGACGAGCAACUAAAGCACCGGCAUGUGCUGAAGAGCAUCGAAGUGAAGAAUAUGAAAUACGAUGAGACAGGAUUCCAUGCGAUCUCUGUGGUAAAGGAAAGGCCAGUGUUCAGCCAUCAGCGACCAGAGACUGAAGAAGAACCUCCUAUAGAAGGGAGAAGCACAGACCUUUCCAAUGCAGAAGACAACGAGCAGUGUGAAAUUACCACCGAUUCACCCUAAACCAAAAACCAGAUGAUCCGCCUGGUGUCUAAUACUCGAGUGUAGCGUGGGGGCGCACGCAAGCCGAGGUCUGAAAGCAACUUCUUUCCCAGGAAACUAUUCACAGAGUCCCUAAUAGGUCCAUCUUGACAUAAUAGGUCCCUUGACACCAUCAAGUCCACAGUCGAGCACCGUGGCUCAGCUGUGGCCACAAAAAAGGAUGUAACAGAAUCAGAAUCAAGUUUAUUGCCAGGUACUGUAGGGUCUACAUGUACAGGAAUUUGUCUUGGUGUGUUGGUGCAUAGUAAUAAUAUAGAAGAAGCAUAAAUAUAUCAAACAAAGUUUAUAAAAUAAUGUGUAUAUAUAUGUAUAUAU